AUGAUCGACACGCUUUCGAUAGUUAGUAAUGGGGGGAUUGUGCUGUGGGAGCGAAGUUCAGAUGUUUCUAGAAAAUGCUCAAUAAUUAAUCAGGUCAUCCAGGAGUUUCUUCUUGAGGAUCGCGCUGGUAUGCACGAGACCGUAAUUGGUGAUUACAAAGUUCAUUGGAUGUUGGAAAACGAUGCACAUUUCUUUGUUGUGGCAAUACACCCGAAGUUUGUUUCGUACCCGCAGAUGUGUGCCUUUCUACGGACCAUUGCUAGGUGUUUUGUCAAGAAGUACGGACGGGUGCGAGACAAUGUGCUUGUGGAAUACGACUUUUCAGCUGAAUACGCGGAGACUCUUUCGAUGCUUGAUGCCGGUGUUCCUGGUGUUGAUGCAUUGGGUGGCGGCGAUCAAAUUAGUAACGGUGACACCGAGGGGGAAGAGGAGGAUGAGGAUUUGUUGGAAGAUGCAGCAGACAGGGAGCCGCAAGGUGAAGGUGAGUGCAGUGCUGCCGGUGCCGCCUCAGGGGCCUAUCAAGGGCCUGAUACAUUCGUUACCAAAAGCGGCCAUGUUAUUGGUCGAAAAGGUAAGAAACUAGCUGGAUCCAAGUCUACAACUGCAACCUCCCAGAAACGAAGCAAGCAGGUGAAGCGCGCCACCCGCUGGGAUGAACCAUCGGCCGACAGCGCUGUGGAAGAGCAGCGGGGGCAGGGAACCAGACCAACCGAAGAAGAACUUGAAGUACAGACUGCGUUGCAGAGAGCGGCCUUUAUCAAACGGUUACCUAAUGGCAGUGUGGCUCCGGUACGGGAGAAGGAGUGGGAGGGUCAGCAAAGGGGUCUCCUGGCCAAUUGGCUUCGUUCUUAUGUUGGUCGACGUGAAUUGGACAGUCAAGACUUUAACAAUGUCAUACCCGGCCUACGUGAGAAACUUAUUACCAAAAAUGUUGCUGUGGAGGUGGCUGAGCACGUAUGCAAGUCUGUAGAAGCGUCGCUGACCGGAAAGGUUCUUGGAACCUUUGAGUCCCUGCAUCAAUGCAUUGAAGCCGCCAUGAUCUCUGCACUCCGUCGCAUACUUCAGCCAAAACAUGAGAUAAACAUCCUGCGUGCGGUAGCAUCAUCGAGGGGGCGAAAUAAGCCAUACUCCAUUGUGCUCUGCGGUGUAAAUGGCGUCGGUAAGUCAACAACCCUUGCCAAGAUAACAUACUGGCUCCAGCAGAAUGGCCACACUGUCAUGAUCGCUGCAGGUGACACGUUUCGCCACGGUGCAGUGGAGCAAUUGGAGGUACAUGGGCGCUGCCUGGGCGUGGACGUCUUCCAAAUGGGGUAUGGGACUGACCCAUCUGCAGUUGCAGCGGCGGCUAUAUCACGAGCUACUCGUGAUGGCUGCGAUGUGGUGAUGAUCGACACCGCGGGAAGGAUGCAAGAUCACGAGUCUCGCAUGCGUGCUCUUGCGAAACUCAUUCAUGAUAACCAGCCUGAUCUGGUUCUGUUUGUUGGCGAGGCUCUGGUGGGAAACACUGGUGUGGACCAGCUUCGGCGCUUUAAUCAGUGUCUUGUUGAUUUUGUGCCUGUUGGAAGCGUGCCACGUGGCAUUGAUGGGAUUGUACUUACAAAGUUUGACACCAUCGACGAUAAGGUGGGUGCCGCCGUCUCGAUGGUAUACGAACUGGGUCAGCCGAUUGUUUUCGUUGGGGCAGGGCAAACUUACCAGGAUUUGAAAGUAAUGGAGCCAGAUGUUGUUGUCAGCGCUUUAAUGGCGUAG